AUGAGAUGUGAAUGGCAGAUGGACAAAGGAACAAGGACAUAUAAUGAUCUGUUUCACCGUGUGAAAGAACUCUGCCGGUACAUCAGCAAUUUUGACAACGAGGCUCAUGCAAAAUAUAAAGAAUCAAGUUGUCUAUUCCACUACUAUGAUUUUUUUCAAAAGUGUCUGCCAUUAUAUCAGUGCCAUUCAGCCAUCCCUUUUCCAAGGACCAAACACUCCAAGCCAAGUACCCAUUGUCCUCUUGGAAGAUAUUCCAAAUGUCUUCAGUGAAAUUGAACUCGGUUCUGGCAAGCACAUUCACAAAAGAAGAAAACUUGCAGACAGUAGAGAAAAAACAAUGAGCUCAGAUGAUGAAGAUCUGUCUGGAAAAAGUCGAAGUCGCCAUGUGGUUGUUAACAAAAACGAUCUUUCUAAUCCUAAUGAAGCACUUGAAAGCUUUAAAAUGGCAAGAGAAUGUUGGGAUCUUCUGCACUCUUCAGAUGCCCUUGACAAAGAGUUUUCCAGAAUUUGCUUACCAUGGAAGACAGACACCUGGCUGUGGUUAAGGAUCUUCCUCACAGAUAUGGUUAUUUAUCAGGGACAACAUAGAAAAGCCAUCAUCAGUCUUCACCUCAUGGCAGCUCUGCAGGGACCUCACUCACCAUCACAGCAGAUUAUGAGUCAAGGAAGCUUGGAGCAGCAAAGGUCACUAAUCCAGCUUGCUGUCUGCCAUUUUGCCAUUGGUGAAUAUAAGCUCACAUGUGAGAAAAUUCUGGAACUGAUGAACUUCAUUGUGCCCCCACCUCAGGAGACUUCCAAACAUAGAGAGGAACAGUCAAAAGUCAAGCCGAAAUCUAGGAAAGCCUGUGACCUCAAGCUGUUACCCUGUGUGAGUAAACAUGUAAUGCCUUACUGUCUUCAACUGUUGGUGGCUAGUGUCAAGCUCAGAGCAUUUUCUGAUAAUCGGGAUGACAUGGCUCUGGGGCACCUUAUUGUGUUACUGCAGCAUGAUUGGCCCAAAGGAGAGGUCCUAUUCUUAAAAGCCAUAGGGAAGAUAUGUCUGCAAGGAAAUUUUCAGUAUGAAAACUUCUUCAACUACAUCACAAAUAUUGAUAUGCUUGAGGAAUUUGCAUAUUUAAGAACACAGGAAGGGGGUAAGAUUCAUUUAGAACUAAUCCCCAAUCAAGGAGUAUUACUUAAGAGCUCUAGCACUACCCUGGGGCUGCUGCAGCAGGAAUUCAUACCUGUCCUACAGGCCAGCCUAGCAACCAGUGACAGGCAUCACACAGUGACUCGGGGAAUUACGAAAGGAGUAAAGGAAGACUUCAGGCUGGCAAUGGAACGACAGGUCUCACGCUGCACUGAAAAUCUCAUGGUCAUCUUACAUCGCUUUUGUAUCAAUGAAAAGAUUUUGUUGUUACAGUGUUUGGCUUAA